AUGAAAAAAUUGAUUAAUGACCCAAAUAAUGUAGUUAAUGAUAUGAUCGAUGGUUUACUUCUAACCAACCCAUCAUUGAAACGACACGAUAAUCAUUCAAAUGUUUUAACAAGAUUAGAUGCACCGUUGAAAAAUAAGGUGGCUUUGAUUAGUGGAGGUGGAAGUGGACAUGAACCAAGUCAUGCCGGUUUCAUUGGUGUCGGUAUGCUGAGUGGCGCCGUUUUGGGAAAUGUGUUUACCUCGCCAACACCAUCGAUGGUUCUCUCGGCGAUUCGCGGUGUCACUGGUGAAGCAGGUUGCCUGUUGAUCGUAAAGAACUACACUGGCGAUCGAUUGAACUUUGCUAUCGCCGCAGAGAUGGCGCGUAUCGAGAACUACAAGGUCGAGAUUCUUAUUGUUGGCGACGACUUGGCUACACCCAGUAGCAAGAGAGGAAUAGCAGGAACUGUGUUGGUACACAAGAUUCUGGGUGCUCUCGCUGAACAGGAUACUCCACUCGAACAACUCUUAAGUAUCGGUCGGAAAUUGGUCGGCAAUCUUAAUACUAUUGGUGUGGCAUUGUCUGGCUGCACCAUUCCUGCUGUUGGAAGACCGUCGUUUGAACUACCGGACGAUGAAAUGGAGCUUGGUCUUGGUAUUCACGGUGAGCCAGGAAUCAAGAGAGAAAAGAUGAAACCUGUCAAUGAAAUCGUUCAUUCGUUAGUCAAUCUUAUUUUGGAGAAAUCUGAUCCCGCUUGCAAUAGAAAUAAGAAAUUGGUUGUUCUUAUCAAUAAUUUGGGUUCAACGACAGCAAUGGAAAUGACUAUAGUAGCAGGAGAAACUGUUAAACUCUUACAUUCACUUGGAUAUCAGGUAGAUCGUUUGAUUGUCGGAGCAUUGAUGACUGCAUUGGAAAUGUCUGGAUUUAGUAUUACUCUAUUACCAUCCAAUAUCGAUGAUACUACUACUACUAAUACAGUAGAUAUUAUUGGCUGUAUAGACUAUCCAACCACAGCACAAUAUUGGCCUACCAACAGUGUCACCAACCCACCAGUAAAACCAAAUCAAGUUGCUGCUGAACUUGACUCACAUAUCGAUCCAAAUCAACAUAUUUAUGAUAAUCUAAAGAGUGUUACAAUUAGUGCAGAUGAUGCAUUGCUAUUUAAGGAGAUGUUGAAGAAAGGUUGUCAUUCGUUGAUAGAGAAUGCAAACAUACUGACGGAUUUGGAUUCAAAGGUUGGUGAUGGUGAUCUUGGAUUGACUCUGGAGAGAGCUGCAAAUAAUGUAUUGAAACUGAUCGAUCUCAUUCCAUUUGAAAGACCAUGCUAUACUCUGAGAAAGUUGUCUGUUGUGUUCCAAGAAUCGUUGGGUGGCUCGUCAGGACCAUUCUAUUCGAUUUUCUUUUUGAGAAUGUCAGACACGCUGUUCAAGAGUGAAAAGCAAGAUCUCACUGCAUGGGCUGCCGCUUUGAAAUCCGGCUACGAAGGCAUACAGAGUUUGGGUGGUGCCAAGCUGGGUGAUUGCACGAUGCUCGACGCAUUGAUACCGGCUAUCGACUCGAUUGUCAAGUCUAGCACCGACAGAAGCUUGUCGCUCUCUGACAUUAUCAAACUAGCUUCAGAAAAAGCACAUGAAGGUGCCGUUUCAACCAUUGAAAUGCAAUCGAAAUGUGGCAGAUCUUCCUAUAUUGGUGAACGAGCUAAAAAUCAUAUAGAUCCAGGAGCAUGUGCCAUAAGUGUCAUUUUUCAAUCAUUAAAAGAUGUCUUUAAAACUGAAGAUAUAAAUAAUAAUAAAAACUAA